CAAAGAUAAGUCUCCACAUACAAAGUACACUCUACAAGCCAGUACUGUAUAAAUAUGUGUUUUCAACUGGUACAUACUACACACACAUCAAUCCAGUCAAAGUCUGAACCAGUCUCUCUAGGACUAUUAGAUUCAGACUACUAGAUAAUAGGUCGAGUUGAUCGAGAUGGCUCCAACUACUAUUAAACUACUUUAUUUUGACGCCAGAGGUCGUGCGGAAGUAUCACGUUUGGUACUAGCAGCUGUUGGUCAACAAUUUGAAGACAUUCGCUUGCCCAGAGAAAAGUGGGCGACAGAAAAAGCCAAUACGCCAUUCGGUCAGCUACCAGUGCUUGAGAUAGACGGCAGGAGGUAUGCACAAAGUUUAGCUAUAGCAACGUAUUUAGCUCGUGAAUUUGGUUUAUACGGUACAACCAAUGAAGAUGGUCUUGCUGUGGAUCAAGUAAUUCAGCUGUCUAUUGAUUUGAGUUCCUCAAUAGCUAGAACUCAUCGCAAGAGAGAUGAAACUAAGAAGGCUGAACUUGUCAAGAAAACUCAAGAAGUUGAUGUCCCAAAGUUUUUGGAAUUUUUUGAAAAACUUUUACAUCAAAAUGGUUCUGGUUACUUCGUUGGUGCCACUUUAACUCUGGCUGAUAUAAUUGUGUAUGAUCAACUGGACUCUCUGAUUAAAAGAGGAUUUGUCAAUACGGAAAUGUAUCCAUCGAUUCAAGCUUUCAUUAGAAAUGUAGAAGGGAAUGAAAAUAUAAAAAGUUACCUAAAAACUAGAACGGAAUCAGAUCACUGACUGACUGCAUCUACGAACUGAAAUAUUCUGCGUUGAUUCAAGCAGGAGGAAUACGUUUAGGUAUAAAAUAAAAUCUCUAGUACAAGCUUCAAUGAAAGUUGUGUGUGAUGUUUUAGCCCUAUAUAAACCACGCCUGACACUAAAUGUGCAAUAGAUUAUACUUGGCAUUGAAUGUACUUAGGACUAUAGUUUGUAAUAAGCUAUUCUUUUACAAUGAAAAUGUAAUAAAAUGAAGUAAAUAA